UUGGACAUCAUGCGACUCACUUUGGCCGAAUUCGGUCAACAAGAACUGACUCCGGUUGCCGUGGCCAAAUGUAUCUGUUUGUUUCUACGUAUGGCCGAAGUGAAACCCAACGAAAGUGAUCGUGGUCGUGGGUUGGAGUCAAAUCCUUUGACAACUGUGGGUAUGCGUCGACAAGACGCACGCCGUGCAUCACACCAAGCCGAUCAAUUCGACUCGGACACUCAGAUGAUACUGCGAACGGGCAGUUCAGGGGCGUUAUGGCGCGAGGCCGGUGUGAGUGGUUGCGGCACUUCCGGUUCCCAAACAGCACGACCCUCUUCUCUUUUUGUUCCGAACUCAAUCUGUGAUCAUCUACCCUCAAGCUCGUUAUCCGCAUCGGAACCGCGGUUGAACCAGCUAGAUUCCGAAGCUUCACAAUUGUCUUUCACUUCCCGUUCAAACGAGUCUUACACGAAUGCAGCCAAAUGGAACAUGGAAAAUUUUCUUAUCGUUUUAAAUGAGUUAAAUCCCACCCUUGGCACAGAUCAGGCGGACAAAGUUCAGUUCGACCUAAUUAUGUCCAUAAUGCUUCAGGAAGAGACUGUAUUGGAUGUGAUUCUAGUCUUGAUGGUAGACAUUAUCUAUCUAGGUGAUGACCUGGUUAUCGUCGAAUUAGAUUGUCCUGAAUUCUUCAUCACAAGUCGUGCAGCGUUCGCGCUGCUCAAACAGUUUUUAUUCCGUGGAAACCGUUCAGGUGGCUUGGAAAUAUUAUGCUAUCGACCGUGGAACAAUGCACAAGGGCAACUGUCUUUACUGCGUCACUGCUUCACCUAUCCCGAUGUAAUUUGUCUGGCCUAUUACCCAUUUCGUUGUGUUGAUCUGUCACUAUAUCGUCUAAGUCCAUCUGAAGACCAGGCCCUAAUGCAAAUUUGGUGA